AUGGAGGUAUUUCUCAGAGGUUACACACUAGAUCGUCUUACAUCAUGGCUGCACUGGCUCCCAUAUGCAGAAUUUGCAUAUAAUUCGGCCUGUCAUUUUGCUACAGGGUUUGCUCCUUUGGAGAUUCUCUAUGGGCGUCGAAUCCUAUGUUGGCCAGCUCCCGCACUUCCGGUCCCAGAGGUGACAGUUUCUGGACAUCUAGAGACCAUUCGGGAGUUGCAUCAACAAGUUCAUAGCAGGUUGGAGGCAGCUCGUGCAACCAUGAAACUUCAAGCUGACAAGCAUCGGAGUUUUCGAACAUUCACUAUUGGCGACCUGGUGUACAUCAAGUUCCGACCCCAUCGUCACACUCUAGGCUGUCGAGCGGGCUCUCGAUCCAAGCUGACUCAAUGCAAGCUCUAUUUCGUUAAAGUGAUUGAAAGGAUCAAUGAGGUGGCAUUUCGGCUGGCUCUUCCUCAAGGGUGCAAGCUCCAUGAUGUGUUCCACGUUUCCGAGCUCAAGUUGCAUUACGGUCCGACUCCCUUGUCGACAGUGGAAGUUCCAGUCCGUUCGUUGGGGGACCAGCAUCUGGUUGUGCCAGAUAAGGUGAUCGAUGUGGAGACUCGUCAGCUGCGUCGACGUACGAUUAAGCGUUAUCUUGUUCGCUGGAUGAACACUGGGGGGGAUACAGACACCUGGCUUUCUCAACAAGAGUUCGAUCGUCUGUUCUGGUGCACCUGUUUCAGUGGGAUCUUGUGUUACCAGCCAGCUCUGGGGACAGAGCUUUUCAAAGUGGGGGGUAAUGUUAUGAGCUAUUCUUGGCUCAUAACUAGUACGGAUGCGGGACGACAGGGGAUCUGUACGAGACAUAUAUGGUCCGACUGGCGCAAAGUGGGAGGGGCCACCCAAAGCAAGACAAAUACUCAACCAAAGAAAGCAGCAAAAAUGAAGACACCUGUUCAAGGUUUGGAAUAA